AUGCCCCGGCAGAAGGCCCUCCCGCGAGGUAAGGCUUCCAUGCAAGGUGAGGACCCGGCGUACGUGACGCCGAACGACGCACGCGGAGAACCGGUUUACGUCAACCCGUCAGGUGAUCUGGCCGACGCCGAAAACGUCAUCUACGAACGCGCCGCAGGUGACCAGCCGAGGUACAUGACUUUGAAAGUUGAUGCUUCAGAAGGGAUGAAGACCGCUCGUGAAGGCGGAGAAGGUUCUGAGCAGCCUCCGGUUGAAGCAGAUGUUCUUGCCGCAGGGGAUUCUGGGAUUCUCAAACGCCUGUACCAACGCAUGACGGCCCUGGAGAAAGGCUUCCGGAAACUGUCGAUCACCCUGGGUCUGAUGUACCUGGUCAACCUGGCCCUGGUCAUCUACAUCACAGUGAUACCGUCCUCUAUCCGAACAGGUUACCAGCCCAGCAGCCAGCCCCCCCGACAGCCGAGCCGGGCAGAGGAAAACCUCACCGUCCCGAAGGAGGUUCCGCCGUUUCUUCGGCUCCCCGCAGGAGAGUUGGGCGUGACAGGGGACACCUGGCAGAAACCCGGGGACGGGAAGACCGGGGAGCAACCCGGUAAGACCUGGGGCCAACCCGGGGGCGUGUCCGGGAAGACCUGGCAGCAACCCGGGGGCGGGACCGGGGAGACCUGGCAGCAACCCGGGGAGACCUGGGGGCGACCCGGGACCAGGGAGACCGGGGAGGCCGCUCGGCCUCGGCCGGACCAGCCCGGUAGCGACGCUUCCAGCGACCCGCCAACUACCCUGAACAGCCUAAAGGACGCUGGCUUCGUGACUGCCACGUUCACCACCCUCGGUGCGACCGGCCGUGCAGGCCCGACCAGCCUGGGUGCCCACUACCGCGGACAGGACCACGAGAAGCUGGUGACCUUACAGGACGGGAUCCAGCUCUUCACCGUGCCUGAGACGGGAGACUACAGGAUUGAAGUGGCAGGUGCUGCGGGAGGAGUGGACAGUCAGACGGUGAACGCCUCCGCUCGCGGCCACGGCGCCUGGAUGGGCGGAACCUUCCACCUUACCAAAGGGGAGGUGCUGAAGGUUCUAGUCGGGCAGGAGGGCGCGGAGACAGCUGCCGGGUUCUCUGCAGGAGGAGGCGGCGGGACGUUCGUGGCGAGGUUUAACAACUUCCCCCUCAUCAUCGCGGGAGGGGGAGGGGGCAUUGCCUGGCUGGACCGGCGAUACGUGUCGUGCGACGGGACGACGCUGACGUCAGGGCAGACCAGCUACAGGGGCGCGAUGCUGAGAGCGGGAAACUCGAAUGAUGAGUACUUCGCGGGGGGUACCGACGGGCACGGAGCGACGGAAGGGACGGGGAAGCUAGGUGGGGGCGGAGGCGGGUUUUACACUAACGGCGGCAGCGGGUGGCAGUUUGUGCGAGGGUCCCGGACAAGCGGCGGGGAGGGGGGGUACGCGUUUGUGAACGGGGGGCAGGGAGGGAGUGGGCUGUAUUAUAAGGCAUCUGGGGGGUUCGAGCAGGGGGUGGGGCCCACGGAGGGGGGUUCUGGGUCGGGUGGAGGAGGGGGGUACUCCGGAGGGGGGAGGGGUCCAAUGGGACAUUGCGAGUGCGGAGGAGGGGGAGGGUCCUUCAAUGCCGGCACAGACGCAAGUGGCCAGAAUGGAACCAACGCGGGGCCUGGUUACGUUAUUGUCAAACUGCUGAAGUAA